AUGGGUAGAUCUAAGCAGUACCAAAAACCUUCAAAUCGCAUACCAAUAUGUAACGUAACACCACUACAAAGAAAACCGGUGAACAACUCAAACAAUACAACUAAUUGUGACGAACCAACUACGAACAACUUAAACAAUAAUCAAAAUAAUGAUGAUCAAUUAUGGGCAUAUACUCCUAAGUGGAGACAACCAUGUUUAAUAUGUGGUAUACAAUUACUUCUGUCAGAAAGACAGGAAUUUUGUUGUAACUCUAGAAUAAGAAAUUUAAUAUCACCCUUACCUGAGUUACCAUCUGCCUUACAAGAUCUUUACAUGAAUGAUAGAAAUUUUAGUCAUUUUAGUUGUCAAUAUAAUUCUCUAUUUUCAUUCAUGGCAAUCGGUUAUACAGGUGGUGUAAUUCAUUUGCCACAACCUAAUGCCUUCGUUAUCAAUAGUCACGCAUAUCAUCAGAUUCACUCUGCUAAUACAGAAGAUGUAGUAGACUUAAUCAAACAAGAAUUAGCAGAAGUUAACCCAUUUGUUCAAGGUCUAUAUCAACUAUAUAAUACAAAUUAUCCACAGGCUCGAUUAGUAAUUCAACAACCAGUAGCUAAUAUUGAAAUUGCAGCUUGCGUUAUUAUACAUUCAACAGCCAUAGUACAAGAAAGAUGUAUACAAAUAUGGCGUGUUGGUGAAGAAAAACCUGAUUACAUAAAUUUUCUUAAUGAACACUAUAAAGCUUUACAAUACCCACUUUUCUUUCCCUAG